AUGGAACCUCAACAGCUAUUCGGCGAUGAUGGUCGGGUCGAGUUGAAUAUUCCUGAGAAAAAGACCUUUCAAAAGGCCUGGUUCGAGCGUUACACAAGAAAUGGUAAACACUGUCGUUCCAAUCUCGACCAUACCAAAUUACGACAGGAAAAGAAACCCGAAGACCUGCCAGUCCCAAAACUCAACAUCGCUAUCCAUAUUGUCGGUUCUCGAGGAGACAUCCAGCCUUUUAUCCCGAUCGCGCAACUACUCUCGCGUCCGCCGUACAAUCAUCGCGUUCGAUUAUGUACGCACCCGGUCUUUCGGAAAUUUGUCGAAGACAAUGGUAUCGAAUUCUUCUCCAUCGGGGGCGAUCCCGAAUCCCUGAUGGCGUACAUGGUCAAGAACCCCGGACUCCUUCCUGGCAGGGAAAGCAUCCGCGACGGCGACAUCGGGAAGCGACGCAAAGAAAUGGCAGAGAUCAUCGAAGGAUGCUGGCGAAGUUGCAUUGCUGCGGGCAACGGCAGUGAGAAUAUCGAACCCAUCGAUGUAGAGAGCGUCACGGAGCUGUUCCUAGCCGAUGCCAUAAUCGCCAACCCACCAAGCUAUGCGCACAUUCACUGUGCCGAGAAGCUGGGAAUUCCGCUGCACAUUGUCUUCACAAUGCCUUGGUCGGCAUCACACGAAUUCUCGCAUCCCUUAGCAUCGUUUGCAAAAAGUGACGCAAAUGCGCGCACCCUCAACUUUCAUUCUUUUGGCUUGAUGGAGCUGCUCGCUUGGCAAGGUCUCGGCGAUAUCAUUAACAAUUUGCGAGUAGAUACGCUGAAGUUGAGCGAAGUGAGCCCGCUAUGGGGCCACAUCUUGCUCAAUCGCCUACAGGUACCGCAUUCGUACUGCUGGUCACAGAGUCUCAUACCGAAGCCUUCUGAUUGGGCAGAUCAUCUGAGCGUGACAGGCUUCUCAUUUCUAAAGCUUGCAAUAUCCUACAUUCCUCCACGGGACUUGCUUGACUUCUUGAAUGCCGGACCAGCCCCGAUCUACAUCGGAUUUGGUUCUAUCGUCGUCGCAGAUCCAAAGGCUUUGACUGAACUGAUACUGAAGGCUGUACAGAAGGCGGGUGUACGUGCGAUAAUCUCACGCGGUUGGGGCGGUGUAAGCGCAGAAGCAGUGCCUCCAAACGUCCACUUCAUCGGUAAUUGUCCCCACGAUUGGUUGUUUGAACAAGUGAGCGUAGUCGUCCAUCAUGGUGGAGCAGGCACGACAGCUGCAGGAAUCGCGGCAGGAAAGCCGACGGUUAUCGUGCCGUUCUUUGGUGAUCAGCCUUUCUGGGCCAAUAUGGUCUGGCGAGCCGGGGCCGGCCCUCAACCUGUACCCUUCAAACAGAUGACAGCCGACACCUUGGCGCAGAGCAUCCGUACGGCACAGCGACCGGACGUGCAGAACGCCGUGAAUCAGAUGCGCGCGAAGAUAGCCGCCGAAGACGGUGCGCUUCAAACAGUGCUCAACUUUCAUGACAAACUCGACAUCGACCGCAUGCGGUGCCAAGUGUGUCCAGAUCAACUUGCCAUCUGGGAUGUGAAAUUGCGUCGCAAGACGUAUCAACUCAGCAAUCGUGCCGUUGCGGUUCUGGUCCAGGAAAAAGUGAUCAACGCAAGCCAAUGCCGACUAGCUCACAACAUUCGCUGGGAUGUUGAUGAAGGCGCCGAGUCGCUCUCGGUAGGCCUGAUCGCUACCAUUGGGUCUAUCGGGCAUGGCAUCGUGAAAAGUACGCAAACGUACAGUCAGCGGCUAAAGGCGAAGCGUCACAAGUGCAGGGAUCUCCCAGAAAGUAUUGAGACAGAGAAGCCGAAGAUAUCUCGCAAAAGAAACAUGGUGGACUCCGCAGCCUUGACUCGCAGUAUCACGCUGGACCGCAUUGAUGAUGAACUGGUGUACAAGAUCGCGAACCGGAUGGCAGCCAAGAGGUACUCUGUAAAGGCCUUCGAAAGUGAAGACGAGAUCAGAGCACGGCGGACCCAGCGAAGUCGUGCUCUGGAGGUAGCUGCGGGUACGGCUGCGUUUGCAGGCGACCUGCUGAAAGUUGGUUUACGAGCGCCCGUCACUUUCACAAACAACAUGGCCAAUGGAUGUCACAACAUGGUGGACUUCAUCAACAGCGACUCAGUCCUUGAACACUACCGGCGGAGAAAAGAGAUUCAUGGCUUUCGAUCCGGUCUGGCGGUUGGUGCUCAAGGGUCGGCACUUGGAUUGUACGAUGCAUUUGCGAGCUUCGUCCGCCUUCCGAUCCGAGAUGCUCGGAAUCACGGGCCAAGAGGCGCCGCCCGUGGGGUCGGACGGGCUACCGUGACUCUACCUCUGAACUUGGGCGCUGCGCUGUUCAGCUUGCCCGGAUACACCCUGAAAGGUCUUGAAAGAGACAUUCACAAACGACGUCUAUCUAAGCUCGAAGCGGAUUUGCUCAUUAUACGAAUUCGCCAGCUACUAGCGGAGUGGCCAGAGCUGUCUGCUGACAAUAAGCAGGAGAUCCUGCAAGCCUGGGAAAAGUUGACCUUAUCUUAA